AUGUCAGUAGCAUCAUCACCUUCUUUCCCGUGCAUCAAAUUUCGCAACCCAUUGUCGUCUUCUUCGUCUUCACCUUGUUCAUCUUCAUCAUCCACUUUUAGAUUCUCUGCAACCAAUCCUACCACCAUUUUUACUAUCAGGAACUCUCAGGCUGAAGGCCCUUUUAGAAGACCAGUGGCUCCUCCACCUGUAAAGCCAGUUCCACCAUCUCCACCACCAUCCGCACCAAUUUCGACAUCUCCGGUCGCUUCUCCUCCUCCUCCGACGCCUACGCCGGCUCCAAGUGCGCGGGUGGCGGAUAAGGGUGUGAUUACUUUGGAGUUUCAGAGACAGAAGGCUAAGGAGCUGCAAGAGUAUUUCAAGAAGAAGAAGCUUGAAGAAGCUGAUCAGGGUCCUUUCUUUGGGUUCAUUGGCAAGAAUGAAAUCGCCAAUGGCAGAUGGGCAAUGUUUGGUUUUGCUGUGGGAAUGUUGACAGAGUAUGCAACAGGUUCGGACUUCGUUGAUCAAGUUAAAAUUCUCCUCUCCAACUUUGGAAUUGUAGAUCUGGAAUGA